CCCGCCUGCCCGCCUGAAUCCCAAUCCAGAUCCCUCUCCGCUCAUCUUCUUCCUCCUCACCUACCCGUCCCAACUGGUAAAACCCCCAGCCGCAGCCGGAACCGGCGAGCCGGAUAGGCAGACGCCGCGGCGGCGAUGCAGGCGCCGGAGUCCCCCACCUCCUCCUCCGCCCCGGUCCUCCUCAACAUCGGGGGGAGGAAGUACGCCACCACCGUCGAGACGCUCACGCAGCGGGAGCCCGACUCCAUGCUCGCCGCCAUGUUCAGCGGCAGGCACACCCUCCCGCGCCACCCCACCACGGGGGCGGUGUUCGUGGACAGGGACGGGAAGCAUUUUAGGCACGUCCUCAACUGGCUGAGGGACGGCUCCAUCCCCGCGCUCUCCGACUCCGACUACCAGCAGCUCCUCAAAGAGGCGGAGUACUACCAGCUACUCGGUUUGGAUGAUUACAUAAAUGAGAAAUUGGCUAGCAAAAAGGCCGACGGUUCGGCAUCGGCGGAGGCCGAGUUGACACGCAAGGAUGUGAUCAAGUGCAUCCAGGCCCAGAAAAUCAGAUUCCGCGGCCUGAACCUAUCUGGCCUUGACCUAUCUAAGCUUGACUUAUCAGAGGUGGACUUCAGCUAUGCAUGCAUCGAGAGGACCAAUUUUUCAUGUGCUAAUCUUCACAAAGCAAAGUUUAAGCUAGUGGAAGCUGCACGUUCUUCAUUUGAACAGGCAAAUUUACACGAGUGCGAGUUCACUGGAGCAAAUCUUCAAGAAGCUGUCCUAGAUAGAGCAAACGUUCAAAGUGCAAACCUUCAAGAUGCAUGCUUAACGGGAUGUAGCUGCAUUGAAACAGAUCUCCGCUCCUCCCAUUUACAGAGUGCUAAUCUUACGGGUUCCGAUUUGAGUGGAGCUAAUCUUGAAGGGGCCAAUCUCAAGGGGGCUAAGUUGCCUGGUGCAAACUUGCAAGGCGCAAAUCUUCAGCGAGCCUACUUGCGAGAAGUUGAUCUGCGUGAAACUGAUUUAACUGGUGCUAAGCUUGGAGGAGCAAAUCUGCUUGGGGCUAUCAGAUAACACAAGAGAGGCUCAUGCCAUGUACACUUUACAAAUUGAACUGGCACCUGGAAUGUGCUUGCAGCUGUUAGUGGUUUCAGCGGGGAAGAGGAGUACAUCAGAAAAACAUCAAAGGACUCAAGUGUUAAUCUAGUGUUCCAAUGGUUGUGCAGGCGUGUGGUGUGCCCAAAAACAUACAAGCUGGUGUAAAUAGUUUGUUGCUGUGGGUUAUGGAUAUACGUCUCAGAGUGGAUUGUUGUACAUUUAA